AUGUGGAAGAAGUCGGUCAGUCGUAAAGGCAACGCCAAAAGUCUGAUCCACGGAGACAAAAAUGAAGGAAGUGAACAAGAUUGCCAUAUUGGUGAUUUGCAGAGUGCACUAAGCAGUGCUGUGCAGAAUGGACAACUUGACCUCAUCCAAAAACCAAUCGGUAAAGGAGCCGAGGUGAAUAACAGCGGAAAUGACGGUUUGAUUGUGCUGCUCAAAAUAGUCAUCCUGAAGUCACCAAAUAUCUCAUCAGUCAAGGAGCCCAGUCAAGGUGCUGAGGUGAAUGAAGUUGAAAAGGACGGAUGGAUCGCUUUACAUUUUGCAGCGCAGAAAGGUCAUCCUGAUGUCACCAAAUAUCUCAUCACUGAAGGAGCCCAGGUUAAUUACAUCGCAAAUGAUGGUUUGACCCCAUUACAUUUGGCAGCACAAAAUGGUCACCCUGAUGUCACCGAAUGUCUCAUCAGUCAAGGUGCUGAGGUGAAUAAAGUUGAAAACGACGGUUGCACUGCACUACAUCAAGCUUCAGUGAAUGGUCAUCUUGAUGUCGUCAAAGAAUUAAUCAGUCAAGGUGCUGAGGUGAAUGAAGUUGUAAAGGACGGAUGGAUUGCUUUACAUUUGGCAGCACAGAAUGGCCAUCCUGACGUCACCAAAUAUCUCAUCAGUCAAGGAGCCCAGGUGAAUAACAGUUCAAAUGACGGUUUGACCCCAUUACAUUUGGUAGCACAGAAUGGUCAUCCUGAUGUCACCAAAUAUCUCAUCAGUCAAGGAGCCCAGGUUAAUUACAUCGCAAAUGACGGUUUGACCCCAUUACAUUUGGCAGCACUAAAUGGUCAUCCUGAUGUUUCCAAAUAUCUCAUCAGUCAAGGAGCCCAGGUGAAUAACAGUUCAAAUGACGGUUUGACCCCAUUACAUUUGGUAGCACAGAAUGGUCAUCCUGAUGUCACCAAAUAUCUCAUCAGUCAAGGAGCCCAGGUUAAUUACAUCGCAAAUGACGGAUUGACCCCAUUACAUUUGGCAGCACAGAAUGGUCACCCUGAUGUCACCAAAUAUCUCAUCAGUCAAGGUGCUGAUGUGAAUAAAGUUGAAAACGACGGUUGGCCUGCAUUACAUCAAGCUUCAGUGAAUGGUCAUCUUGAUGUCGUCAAAGAAUUAAUCAGCCAAGGUGCUGAGGUGAAUGAAGUUGAAAAGGACGGAUGGAUCGCUUUACAUUUUGCAGCACAGAAUGGUCAUCCUGAUGUCACCAAAUAUCUCAUCAGUCAAGGAGCCCAGGUUAAUUACAUCGCAAAUGACGGUUUGACCCCAUUACAUUUGGCAGCACAGAAUGGUCAUCCUGAUGUCACCAAAUAUCUCAUCAGUCAAGGAGCCCAGGUGAAUAACAGUUCAAAUGACGGUUUGACCCCAUUACAUUUGGCAGCACAGAAUGGUCACCCUGAUGUCACCAAAUAUCUCAUCAGUCAAGGUGCUGAUGUGAAUAAAGUUGAAAACGACGGUUGGCCUGCAUUACAUCAAGUUUCAGUGAAUGGUCAUCUUGAUGUCGUCAAAGAAUUAAUCAGUCAAGGUGCUGAGGUGAAUGAAGUUGAAAAGGACAGAUGGAUCGCUUUACAUUUUGCAGCACAGAAUGGUCAUCCUGAUGUCACCAAAUAUCUCAUCAGUCAAGGAGCCCAGGUUAAUUACAUCGCAAAAGACGGUUUGACCCCAUUACAUUUGGCAGCACAGAAUGGUCAUCCUGAAGUCACCAAAUGUCUCAUCAGUCAAGGUGCUGAGGUGAAUAAAGUUGAAAACGACGGUUGCACUGCACUACAUCAAGCUUCAGUGAAUGGUCAUCUUGAUGUCGUCAAAGAAUUAAUCAGUCAAGGUGCUGAGGUGAAUGAAGUUGUAAAGGACGGAUGGAUUGCUUUACAUUUGGCAGCACAGAAUGGCCAUCCUGACGUCACCAAAUAUCUCAUCAGUCAAGGAGCCCAGGUGAAUAACAGUUCAAAUGACGGUUUGACCCCAUUACAUUUGGUAGCACAGAAUGGUCAUCCUGAUGUCACCAAAUAUCUCAUCAGUCAAGGAGCCCAGGUUAAUUACAUCGCAAAUGACGGUUUGACCCCAUUACAUUUGGCAGCACUAAAUGGUCAUCCUGAUGUUUCCAAAUAUCUCAUCAGUCAAGGAGCCCAGGUGAAUAACAGUUCAAAUGACGGUUUGACCCCAUUACAUUUGGCAGCACAGAAUGGUCACCCUGAUGUCACCAAAUAUCUCAUCAGUCAAGGUGCUGAUGUGAAUAAAGUUGAAAACGACGGUUGGCCUGCAUUACAUCAAGCUUCAGUGAAUGGUCAUCUUGAUGUCGUCAAAGAAUUAAUCAGCCAAGGUGCUGAGGUGAAUGAAGUUGAAAAGGACGGAUGGAUCGCUUUACAUUUUGCAGCACAGAAUGGUCAUCCUGAUGUCACCAAAUAUCUCAUCAGUCAAGGAGCCCAGGUUAAUUACAUCGCAAAAGACGGUUUGACCCCAUUACAUUUGGCAGCACAGAAUGGUCAUCCUGAUGUCACCAAAUAUCUCAUCAGUCAAGGAGCCCAGGUUAAUUACAUCGCAAAUGACGGAUUGACCCCAUUACAUUUGGCAGCACUAAAUGGUCAUCCUGAUGUCACCAAAUAUCUCAUCAGUCAAGGUGCUGAUGUAAAUAAAGUUGAAAACGACGGUUGGCCUGCAUUACAUCAUGCUUCAGUGAAUGGUCAUCUUGAUGUCGUCAAAGAAUUAAUCAGUCAAGGUGCUGAGGUGAAUGAAGUUGAAAAGGACGGAUGGAUCGCUUUACAUUUUGCAGCACAGAAUGGUCAUCCUGAUGUCACCAAAUAUCUCAUCAGUCAAGGAGCCCAGGUUAAUUACAUCGCAAAUGACGGUUUGACCCCAUUACAUUUGGCAGCACAGAAUGGUCAUCCUGAUGUCACCAAAUAUCUCAUCAGUCAAGGAGCCCAGGUUAAUUACAUCGCAAAUGACGGUUUGACCCCAUUACAUUUGGCAGCCCAGAAUGGUCACCCUGAUGUCACCAAAUAUCUCAUCAGUCAAGGUGCUGAUGUGAAUAAAGUUGAAAACGACGGUUGGCCUGCAUUACAUCAAGUUUCAGUGAAUGGUCAUCUUGAUGUCGUCAAAGAAUUAAUCAGUCAAGGUGCUGAGGUGAAUGAAGUUGAAAAGGACAGAUGGAUCGCUUUACAUUUUGCAGCACAGAAUGGUCAUCCUGAUGUCACCAAAUAUCUCAUCAGUCAAGGAGCCCAGGUUAAUUACAUCGCAAAAGACGGUUUGACCCCAUUACAUUUGGCAGCACAGAAUGGUCAUCCUGAAGUCACCAAAUAUCUCAUCAGUCAAGGAGCCCAGGUUAAUUACAUCGCAAAUGACGGUUUGACCCCAUUACAUUUUGCAGCACUAAAUGGUCAUCCUGAAGUCACCAAAUAUCUCAUCAGUCAAGGAGCCCAGGUUAAUUACAUCGCAAAUGACGGUUUGACCCCAUUACAUUUGGCAGCACUAAAUGGUCAUCCUGAAGUCACCAAAUAUCUCAUCAGUCAAGGAGCCCAGGUUAAUUACAUCGCAAAAGACGGUUUGACCCCAUUACAUUUGGCAGCACAGAAUGGCAAUCCUGAUGUCACCAAAUAUCUCAUCAGUCAAGGAGCCCAGCACAGAAUGGUCACCCUGAUGUCACCAAAUAUCUCAUCAGUCAAGGUGCUGAGGUGA